AUGGAUGGCCGCGACUUCGCACCGCCGCCGCAUCUGCUGUCGGAGCGCGGGAGCCUGGGCCACCGCAGCGCCGCCGCCGCCGCGCGCCUGGCCCCGGCCGGACCGGCCGCGCAGCCCCCGGCGCACUUCCAGCCCGGAAAGUACUUCCCGUCUCCUCUGCCCAUGGCUUCGCACACAGCCAGCAGCCGCCUGAUGGGGAGCUCUCCGGCCUCGUCUUUCAUGGGCAGUUUCCUCACCAGCAGCCUGGGCUCGGCAGCCUCCGCGCACCCCAGCGGCCCCACCCCCUCUCCCUCGGAGCAGGCCUACCGCGGCUCCCACCCCGCCACCUCCCAGAUCUGGUUCUCCCACUCCCACGAAGCUCCAGGGUACCCCAGAUUUUCGGGGAGUCUGGCAUCCACCUUCCUACCCAUGAGCCACUUGGAUCACCAUGGAAACAGCAAUGUUCUCUAUGGGCAACAUCGUUUCUAUGGAACCCAAAAAGAUAACUUCUACCUGCGCAACCUGCCCCCUCAGCCCACGCUCCUGCCCGCCAACCACAAUUUCCCCAGCGUGGCCCGGUCCGCCCCCAGCCACCCCAUCGGCUCCUGCAGCCGCGACCGGGGCGAGGCCGGCCACCUGCAGAAGGGCAGCAAGGAGUUUGACCGCUUCCUCGUGGGCAAAGAGAAAGCCAGCAAGGCGGCUGAGGGCAAGGAGCGGCCGGCGGCGGAGGAGGACGGCGGCAGGAUGCGGCACAAGCUGGUGCUGCCUGUGCCUGGGGACACGCACUGUAAGGAGGGCAGCGUGGCCCGCGGCGCCUGUGAGGGCCGCCCCAAGCACCUGGCCUCCUGUCUCCUCAACACCAAGGUGCUGGAUGGUGAGCUGGGCCGGGCUGCGCUGGCCAGCUGUGCGGGGGGCAUGCUGGGGCGGCCCGGCAUGGGCGCGCCGUCCUCCGGACGCUGCGCCAAGGAGGCGGUGGGCCCCGCAGAGCCCGGGCCCGCCUUCAGCGAGUGCCUGGAGCGGAGACAGAUGCUGCAUCACGCCGCAUCCUACACGGUGCCGUCUGGCCUGCCCGCCGGGCCGCCCCCGCCCCUCAGCACGGCUGCUGGCUCCUUCCCCUGCCUGCAGCUGCACGGGGGCCCAGACGGGCUCUGUCCCCUGCAGGACAAAGUCCCCCGGGACCUGAAGGCCAGCGGGCCCACCUUCGUGCCUUCUGUGGGACACCUGGCUGAAAAGAGCCGCCCCUUCCAGGCGGCCGAGGCCUGUGCCGUGGCGGGUGAAGGCAAAGACCGGCACCUGGAGGGGGCUUCAGCACCUGACCACUCUGCGCCCUACGGGGUCUCCUAUGCCCACCUGAAGGCCGAGGGCAAGGGCGAGCGGAGGCCCGGGAGCUUUGAGGUGGCCCUCAAUCCCCGGCUUAAGGGCCUGGAGUACCUGGACAGCGCCGGCCCCGAGGCCUCCUUCCCUGGGCUCCCCAAAGGGAGCCUGGACAAAAGCAGCUACUUUGAUUUGCCUGCUCCCUCGCAGGACUGUGCCCGGCCGAGUCACCAGGACCCGAUGGGCGGGAAGGUCACCCAGGCCUGCUGCACUUUAGGCAAGACGGCCAACAAGGAGGCCCUUGGGGGGCCCCCCGGGGCCCAGAAGGUGGCUCGGAUCCGGCAUCAGCAGCACUCGGUAGCCCCCGAGGCGGAGCCGGGAGGCAGCGGGGCUGAGGCCAAGCGCAAGUCUCUGGAGCUGGCCUCCCUGGGCUAUGGUGGGCCGCCCCCACCCCCGUGGAGCGUCCAGUCCGGCCAGGGCGCCGCCAUGGCCAUCGGCGAGGAGCGCAAGGCCGGCGCCUACCUGGACCCCUUUGGCGGCCCCUUGCAGCAGUCCGCGCUCCUGCCGCAGGACCUGCCCGCCCCGCCCGACGAGGUCUCAGCCAUGAAGAACCUGCUCAAGUACAGCAACCAAGCGCUGGUGGUCGGCCAGAAGGCCCCCUUCGUGGGCCGGGGGGGCCUGAAGGCCAGCUGCGCCCAGCAGGACGCGAAGCUCCCGGCCUCCAAGGGCCCGGGCCAGGCCCCCGGCGACGUGGAAAGGCCCGACUGUGCCCGAAGCAGGGAGCACGACGCUCCACAUGGUGAUGGGGAGGUGCGGCAGCCGCCCGUGGGCAUAGCGGUGGCCUUGGCCCGGCAGAAGGACACGGUGAGCCGGUCGGAGGCGGCCUACGGUGCCAACACGGGGAGGCAGGGCCGGGCAGCCCCUGCCUUCAAAGCUGGCAGUGGGCCCCGCUCCACCCACGCGCUGGACCUGGAGGCCGAAGAGGAAAGGGUGCGCCUGUGCGAGGACCGCCUGGGGCUCGCUGGCCGCGAGCUGCUGCUGCAGGACAACAAAGACCUCGUGGAGUUCGCCCGGAUCCACCCAUCGGGCGGCUGCCCGGGAGACCUGGCCCCCCACCUCAUGAUCGCUGGGGGCUCCUCCCUGCAGAGCAGCCAGCUGAGCAGUGACCCGGCCCCCCAUCCCCACCCUGCGCACCCACCCUGGCUGCCGCGCACCCGCAGCCCCUCCCUGUGGAUGGGGGGACAUUCUUACGGCCUUGGUCACCCCGCCCUGCACCAGAACCUGCCCCCCGGCUUCCCCGCCUCCGUGCCCGGCUCCAUGCCCCCCGUCUUCCCCCUCUCCCAGGAUGCCCCCGCACAGCUAGUCAUCCUGCCCUCUGAGCCCACGCCCCACACCACCCCCCAUGCGCUUGCUGACGUCAUGGACCAGGCUUCGUUGUGGCCCCCCAUGUACGGGGGCCGGGGCCCCGCCUCCCACGUGCAGCACACAGGCCAGCUCCCUGUCUACUCACGGCCCCAGUUCCUGCGGCAGCAGGAGCUCUACGCCCUGCAGCAGCAGCGGGCCGCCCAGUUCCAGCAGAAGCCCGAGGACCACCACCUGGAGCUGGAGGAGCCCGCCCAGGAGAAGGCCUUGAAGUCCACCCACAAGCCAGUUGCCUUAACCCCCACGGCCAAGGGCGCCCCCACGCCCGCCACCGCAGGCCCUGCCAAGCUGUCACCCUGCUGCCACUCUCCUGCCCUGAAGCCCCCCGCCAGCUGCCCUACACCACCGCCGAAUCCCGGCGCCCCGUGCACUUUAUCCGUCUGCCCCACCGGCAGCCCCAGGCCUGGCUCCAAGCUGCCCAGCGCCGAGGACAAGAGUGGGGAGGGCCAGCGGCCCAGAGCCGACCUCAGCACAUUGGAGCCAGACCUGCCUCCCGGAUACACGUGCCCCGUGGCCGGCUCGGGCUUCUCCCAGCCCCCCAGUGUGCACUCAUCUGACCUCUCGGACCCCAAAACUAUGCAAACCGCUCCUCCAGGGGCCCAGCCUGAGCUGGCAAGGACGUUGCCACCUGGGGAGCUGCGCCUACACGGCCCUCAGAGCCCAGAGGAGACCGGGCUGCCCUCAGGGGCCAGGGAGGCCACCCAGGACCUUGCCGCCACCCCCCACCCUGCCGAGCGGGGAGCCCCGGGGAAGGCAGAGGGCCCCAGCCCACUGGAGGGGCUGCGAGAACUGCAGUGUGGGUCCCUCCUCGAGGGAGGGGGCCCUGAGGCCACUGGCCAGGCUGAUUUCACUCAGGGAGGGGCCCGAGAGGAGAGGACCACGGAGGAGGGCAGGGAGGAGGGAGAGCAAGGGCCCUCUUUAGGGGCCGGCCCCCAGGCUGUGGAGCAGCAGGGGACCCUGGGUGCCCUGGAUCAGGCCGAGCACGGCAAGCAGCAGGCCCCCACGGAGGCUGAGGCCGGGGAUGAGGCCCAGUUCGAGGCGGAAGAGCUGGAGGAGGAGGAAGAGGAGGGCUGGGGGUCGACUCCCAACAACAGCCAACGGCCCAGGGAGCUGCCUGGUCUGGAUGCCCUAGUGGCAGCCACCAUCAACCUGGGGGAUCUGCCCAGCGAAGGCCCACUGGACCCUCAGCCCCCUGCUGUCCCCGGGCCACCCAGCACAGCUCCCCUGCCCCGUAGCUCAGGGAUUUAUGGAAUUGCCCUGCUCAGUGAGCUGGCCGAGCUGGAGAUCCAGCAGCAGAGGACUGAGCCCGGCUUGCAAGAGGAGGAGCAUGUGCUGGCCUUCAACCUGCAGCGCCUGGCCACGCUGGCCUCAGCCUGGUCCAUGGUGGAGGCUGCUGGCCUGGACAGCCCUGCUGCCUCAGCCCCGCCCCCCCCCGCCGGCCCCUGCAGGGCUCCCACACUCACCCCCCGCAUGCAGAUCCUGCAGCGCAAGGACACCUGGAUCCCCAAGACCAAGCCUGUGUGCCCACUGAAGGCAGCCAUCGACCGGCUGGACACACAGGAGGUGGAGAUGCGAGUGCGGCUGGCGGAGCUGCAGAGGCGCUUCAAGGAGAAGCAGCGGGAGCUGGCCCGGCUGCAGCGCAGGCACGACCGCGAGAGAGAUGACAGCUCUCGGAGCCCUGCCAGGCGUGGGCCCGGCCGGCCGCGGAAGCGCAAAUACUCCAGCUUGCUGCCUGCCCUGCGCCCUGGUGAUGGCAAGAAAGUCAAGGCGGUGCGCUCCAGCCUUGGCCUGCUGUGCGCCGAGCUGCGGGGUGCCGCUGACGAGCCCGCGAAGAAGCGAGGCCGGCUGGAGAAGGGCGCCUACGUGGGCCUGCAGCCCGCCUCUGCGGAGAAGGUUCGGAGCAAGAAGAGCAGCGGCCGGGGCGACGUCGCAUCCGUCGUGGCCCACAAGGUGGCCCGGCUGACACCAGAGGGCGAGAGCAAGGCGCUGCCAGCCAGCCUCAGCCCCUUCCAGCGGAAGGAGGCCACCCCUGGGGGGCGCCUCCGGAAGAAGCUGUCUCGAGCCAAGAGCACCAGGGUGUCGGGGGCCGCCCGGCACCCACAGCCUGACGGCAGCAGGGAGACCCCGAAGUUCCCGGCCCCGCAGGCAGGGGCCACGGCACGUGACGCAGGCAGCGGCUCUGACAGUGACAACUGUGAGGGUCUGUUGGAGACAGAGGCUCCCCUCAAGGAGCCGGGCCUGGCGCUGCACGCUGGGGCCCGCGUGGCUGUGCUGGGGCCCUCGCCCUCCUCCGUGGUCAAGAUGGAGGCCAACCAGAAGGCCAAGAAGAAGAAGGAGAGGCAGGGCUUGCUAGGGGCCUGCCGCCUGUCCAGCCCCGAGAGUGAGGUCAAGGUCAAGCGGCGGACGGUGAAGGCCAAGGUGGGCGGCAAGCUGGAGCGGGCCCCGGGGCGCAGGCCCCCAGGAGGGCCCAGCCGGAAGAAAGCCGCGGGCAAGGCCACGGGCAGCCUGCGGGCAGAGCCGGGGACCACACCCUGCAGGGAAGCCCUCUGCGGCCCUGCCCGGGCCUUCGCCUGCCACGAGGAGGGCAGCAGGCUGGCCAGCGAGCGCCUCAAGAGAGCCACACGCAAGAGCACAGCGCUCCCGCCCGCGCUGCGGCGGAAGAACGGGGCCCUGUCCAUCGCCCUGUCACCCCGCAACGCCAAGGCCAUCCUGGGGAGGGGCAGGAAGGCGGGCAAGGUGAAAACCAAGGCCAUCGGCAAGCAGGGCAAGGGCCGGGCGGUGAGCCGGCUGCUGGAGAGCUUCGCGGUGGAGGAUGACUUCGAGUUUGAGGACAGCAGCAGCCUCUCGGAGGACGAGGAGGAGGGGGAGGCCAGUGGGCCCCUGAGUGCUGAGCAGAGCGCAGCCCUGGCGCGCUCCUGCACCAUCCACAAGGAAGACCUGCAGGACGGGCUGCCCGUGCUCAUCCCCAAGGAGGACAGCCUGCUGUACGCGGGCAGCGUCAGGACCCUGCAGCCCCCUGACAUCUACAGCAUCGUCAUCGAGGGCGAGAGAGGCAACCGGCAGAGGAUCUACUCGCUGGAGCAGCUGCUGCAGGAGGCGGUUCUCGACGUCCGGCCGCAGUCCAGCCGGUACCUCCCGCCCGGCACGAGGGUCUGCGCCUACUGGAGCCAGAAGUCCCGCUGCCUGUACCCCGGCAACGUGGUGCGAGGCACCUCCAGUGAUGAGGAGGAGGACCUGGACUCCGUGGUGGUGGAGUUUGACGAUGGGGACACUGGCCACAUCGCCGUCUCCAACAUCAGGCUGCUACCUCCGGACUUCAAGAUCCAAUGCACGGAGCCCUCACCAGCCCUGCUGGUGUCCAGCAGCUGCCGGAGGACCAAGAAAGCUUCCUGCGAGGCACCCCCACCCAGUGAGGCCCCCGCCCCAAGCCUGUCUCCCAAGGCCCAUGAUGGCCCCGAAGCCUCGAAGGCCCCUGGCAAGAAAUCCAUCGUCAAAGACAAAGCUGGCAAGGCAGAGCUCCUGCCCCCCGGCGCCAAGCCCCCUGCGGGGACCUCAGACCACUUCCUGGGCCGUCGGGGCGGCCCACUGCUGAGCUGGUCGGCCGUGGCGCAGACCAAGCGGAAGGCGGCGGCCGUGGCAGGCGGCAAGGGGCCGGGCGUGCUGCAGAACCUCUUCCAGCUCAACGGCAGUGCCAAGAAGCUGCGAGCCCGCGAGGCACUGUUCCCCGUGCACAGCGUGGCCGCGCCCGUGUUCGGCAACGGCUUCCGCGCGGACUCCUUCAGCAGCCUGGCCAGCUCCUACUCGCCCUUUGUGAGCGGGGCCGGGCCUGGCUUGCCUGGGGGCGCCCACAAGCUGCUGCGGGCCAAGAAGGCCGAGCGGGCAGAGGCUGAGAAGGGCGGGCGGCGGCGGGCGGGCGGCGAGUUCCUAGUCAAGCUGGACCACGAGGGCGUGACCUCUCCCAAGAGCAAGAACUGCAAGGCGCUGCACGCGGGCGACAAGGAUGCAGGGCCCCGGUCCGGGCGGGCCCUGCCCAGCCCCAGCUACGGGCACCCGGCCCUCGCGGGCAAGGACAGAAAGGGCCGGGCGCCCGUCCACCCGCUGCCCGUGGGACUGGCGCUGCGCAAGUUUGCGGGCCAGGCCGAGUACCCGCUGCCCUGUGACAGUGACUGCCACAGCUCCUACUCAGACGAGGAGGAGGAUGGGCCCAGCCUGGCGCCCGGCGUGCCCUCCCGCUUCCUCGCCCGCCUGUCCGUGUCCUCCUCCUCCUCGGGCUCGUCCACCUCCUCCUCCUCGGGCUCCCUGUCCACCUCCAGCCUCUGCUCCUCGGACGACGAGGCCUCCUCCUACAGCUCGGACGAGGAGGACCCGGCCCUGCUGCUGCAGACCUGCCUCACCCACCCCGUGCCCGCCCUCCUGGCCCAGCCCGAGGCCCUGCGUGCCAAGGGGGGCGGCCCGCACGCGCACGCGCACGCCCAGCGCUGCUUCCUGUCCAGGGCCGCAGUGGCCGGCGGGGGCGCCGGCGCCGGCGCCAGUGGCGGCAGACCCAGGCUCAAGCGCAAGGAGGGCCUGAGCUCCUCCAAAGCCAAAGAGCUGUCCCGGAGGCAGCGGCUGCCCUCCGUGGAGAACCGGCCAAAGAUCUCAGCCUUCCUGCCCGCCCGGCAGCUCUGGAAGUGGUCAGGGAACCCCACGCAGAGGCGGGGCGUGAAGGGUAAGGCCAGGAAGCUGUUCUACAAGGCCAUCGUCCGCGGCAAGGAGAUGCUUCGCAUCGGGGACUGCGCCGUCUUCCUGUCGGCCGGGCGGCCCAACCUGCCCUACAUCGGCCGCAUCGAGAGCAUGUGGGAGUCGUGGGGCAGCAACAUGGUGGUGAAGGUGAAGUGGUUCUACCACCCGGAGGAGACCAAGCUGGGGAAGCGGCAGAGUGACGGGAAGAAUGCGCUGUACCAGUCCUGUCACGAGGACGAGAACGACGUGCAGACCAUCUCUCACAAGUGCCAGGUGGUGGGGCGGGAGCAGUACGAGCAGAUGACGCGCAGCCCCGGGCACCAGGACCGGAGGGACCUGUAUUACCUGGCGGGCACCUACGACCCCACCACGGGGCGCCUGGUGACGGCCGACGGCGUGCCCGUCCUGUGCUGAGCCCCAGCCCGGCUGGCCUGCGGGCGGCCCGCCGCCCGGACGCAAGGACACCGGACGGACAGGCGCGCCCAGCCCCACGCAGCCCGGCAGGAGGCGGCCGCACCUCGGAGGGCAGGUCUAAGCAAAUAUGCAAACCCACCAAGGCAAGACCCGGGCUUUUUUAUUAUUUCCCCUGGAAAGCGAGAGCUCCUGGCCGGAACCCAGUCCCAUCCGGCCACCGCGGAGGGCCAGCUGUGCCCCCCGGGACCCGCCAGCCCUCUGUUUUCCCACGUCGGCAGUUCACGAGAGAUUAGAAUCCAAGCCAUAUCUCCCCUAGUACCUCCGACUGCCCCCCGGCAGGGAGGGCAGAGAUCAGGUGUGUGUCUUAUUUAUUGCUCUGUGUAAAUAGUGUAUUUCUGGGGGAAGUUUUAUGGGAAAAAAGUGGAAAUGGAUUUUUUUUUUCCCCACACGCGUGGCAAGGGUGUGUGUGCGUGUGUGUGUGUGCGCGUGUGCGUGUGUGUGUGUGUGUGUGUAGGAACUUUGUUCUGGGGGGUUUUCUUUGAAAAUGCACUGUUUUCCUCAGCCUAGCUGAGUUCCCACUGGGGCAUCUGGACACAGAAGCGGCUGGGGGCAGGGGCGGGGGAGCACAGGGGUCAGGUGGGACAGGACCCCGGUUCACCCGCUGGUCUCUUGGGGGGACUGUGUCAGAUGGAAGUCACGCUCGUUUCCUUCCCUUUAAUCCAUCUCCUGGGGAAGAAAGGGUGGGGGCUGGGUUUGGGGAGGAGGGCCCCUUGGGGGCAGGAGGGUCCAGAAGCAGGCUCCCCAGCCUGAGAGUGGGACAGCGGCCCCGUGUACCUUACCUCCGUUUAAAACAAGACACAAAUGAGCAAGUAUUUUAAACUGUCGAUGUGAAAAUGUGAUGUUUUUAUUUCCUGAAUAUUCCAGUAAUUUCUGAUUCUUGUUUCAACAGCCAGCUUGUCUGGCCUCUGCUCAGAGCAGGGAAGGAACUUGCCCCGCCAGCUCACGUGGAGGUUUCUAGGCCUUUUCUGCAGCCACUUGGCAGGGCCGAUGGCCUGGCAGGCUAAUGCCUGGGGCCCCUAGCAGGGUUCCUCCUGCUCCCCACCAGCCUCACUGCAGGGAGCACCCCUCGGGUGGGGGUGCUGUUCACCCCUCUGCCCAGCGCCCCAGCUGCCAAGGUGCCAGGUGGGUGCCCUAGACCAACCCGGCAGCCCUGCUGAUCUCAUCAGCCCUUCGCUCCUCCUGAGGUCAGGAGGGACAGGCGGGGCGAACCAGAUCCAUGGCCCAGCAGCCCUUGUCCUCAAAACGCACCGAGGGCCACACGCUCCCAUGUCCCACCGCACUGAGACUCCUGCGGCUCCACCAAAAGCCCCCCAAGUUAGCCACUGCUCCUUAGGACGAGCUCUUGUGUGACCCACAGACACAGCCCAGGGGCCCGGGAAACAAGGGAUGUGGGUGGGUACCUGGGCCCCCUUUUCUUUCCAACCAGGAAACCACCCCGGCCCCGCCUGAAGGGUCCCUCUGCAGCUCCUGGUGGCCACAGGAAGGGCCAGGGCAGGGAGGGGGUCCCCUGCACCCCAGCUUACCUCUCCCACCCAGAUUCUCCCCUUUAUCUCGGCACGAGUGCAAUAUUUCAUUCCUGGUGGUCGUCCUGGAGACGGCAGCCGACGUCCUGCUGGCAGCUGGGGAAGCAGAAAGAUGCUGUGGGCCAGGGCGUGCACUGGGCCCGCCAGGCUCGGACACUAGAACCAGAGGCUACUUUCAGCCCCAAGCAGUGAGGCAGCAGCAAGCAAACAGCAGCCUUUUCUUGGCCUCCCGGGCCCGCCCCCCACCACUGGUUCUUCUCCCCCUUCUGUGGAUUUGUCUGUCCUUCGCUUUUCUCUUCCCGUCCCGCCCUGUCCGUGUGCGUGCAGACGACACGGUGCCCCCCCAACCGUGGUUAAACCUGGCAAAAGCACGACUUGUAAAUGUGUAAAGUAAGAGGAUGGUUGAAUUUUUUUUUCAAUGUAAACACUAAAAACAAAAAACACAAAGGUUUUAUGAACAGCAAACUCUAUGUAAAGGCAUUUUAGUAUUAAAUUUUUUAUCGAUAACUUGCUUAAGAAUAAAUAUACGACCUAUU